AUUCCACAAAUACUCCAUUCGAUUCAGCCUAAAAUCUACAAAACCAAAAGCCUUAUUUUACAAAAUUAAAUAGGUCAAAUUCAUUAAUAAAUCCUUCCAUAAAAUUUUUCAAUCAAGAUUUGAAUUAAUAAUAUUAACAAGAUUCUAGCAAAUUUAUUUGCAAAUUAUAAUACCCUUAAUAUACAGUAGAAAGAAAAUUUAUAAAAACAAAUACAACAGGAAUUAAAUUAUACUACACUAAUUUUCGUCCAAUUGCAGAAAAAAACUCAGAAGCAUAAAUUUUAAUAAUUCAUGGUUUAUAUGAACAUUCUGGCCUAUAUAUAAAUGUUUUUAAAUUAUUAAUCUUUUAUUUAUUUUAUUUUAAUUAAAGUUCGCUGAUUAUUUUGCAAAAUAAGGUUUUUAAGUCCAUAUAUAUGACUAAAGGGGAUAUGGAUAUUCUUCAGGAAUUUCAAGAAAUAUGUCCACUGAAGAAUUUUAAUAAGAUCUCACUAUUAUAUUAUAAAAUAUAGAUAAAGAACUUCCUUUAUACGUAUAUAGCCAUAGUAGUGGUGUUAUUAAUUUAUUAAGUUAUCUUAUUAUGAAUCCCUAAAUUUAAGUCAAUGGAAUUAUUGGUUUGAAUUCGUUUUUAGAUGUUCCAAAAUAAUUUAAAAUGAAUUUUUUUAGGA